CCGAAGACAAAUAGAAAUCCAAUAGAAUUUUCCAACGAAUUCUGUUGAAUGUUUUCGUGCGUGAGAAAAUAUAUGAAUAAAAAAGAGAGAAAAGUUGUGUUCAAAUGAAUAAUUAAUUGGAUAAGUGAUGAAUAAUGAAAACCGAAUGGUUUGUCCGAGGACACGUACGUGAUGGAUGUCAGUCACCCGAAACCGUUGGGAACACGCUCUCCGAUCGAUCCUUAAUUCCCUUUUUCAAUCACGAAAAUGAGCAUCCAGGGGCCCCCCAUUCGACCAUGGGCUCUCGAAAAGCGCGGAAGAUUUCUUUGCUGACUGGAAACAGUAUUAGAGUGGCGGCUCGAGAAAGUCGGGGGGCUCAGUCAUUUCCGGUAUACCCUGCAGACCCGGAGUCUGACUUGCGGGGUUUGAGGAAUGCGUGUAAUCUACUGGCUGAAGUGUACAAUGAAUUCGCUCAUGAGUCUUCGAUCCACGGACUCAGGUACACGGGGCGGCAUAAAUCAGCUCUAGGGCGGAUAUUCUGGCUGUUCGUUAUUAUUGUGUCAGUGAUAGCAGCUGGAGUACUGGCUCAGAAAUUUCAUCAGAGGCAUAAGCAAGCAACAAUGAGAACAUUAGUUGUAUCGAGUCAGUUUCCAGCCUGGAGAAUUCCGAUUCCAGCAGUGACAAUAUGCCAUCCGAAUGUGGCGAGUGCCCACAGGCUCCAGCAAUACGAGAAUGAAGGAAACAAAAUCGAGUUGCCCUACGGAAUGGCCUGGACAGACUUCAUGAAGGAUCUGGAAUUUGUCCAAGAGAUAUACAUCCCAACGAAUCACUUCCAGAACGCGAUGGUUCGUCUCAACUCGGUCAUGGUCCACAACAAUCUGACCAUGACCGAAUUUUUCGAAAUACUAAGUCCAUCCUGCGACGAUUACCUCGUCUGGUGUCAACUCCAGGAUGAGAUGAAGGCUUGCUAUCAUUUUGUCAAAACAUCAAAAACUGCUUACGGCAUCUGCUGCUCAUUCAAUUACGCCCACGCGGAGGGAUAUACGAGAUGGGCCCAAGGUGAAGAAUUGUACAGUCAUUUUUUCGGCCACAACUACAUCUUCUCGGUUAUCCUGAAGAGUUACGGUCCAGAGGACAGAAUUUGCGGAUUAACGUACGGCGAUGGGGCCCGAGUGCUCAUACACGAUUCUCACACGUAUCCGGGCCCCUCGGCACGUGAAUUCAUAGCCCGUCAGGGGAGUGAAAUGAUAGCGUAUCUUUAUGGUCGUGUACUGACAGCCAGUCCCGAGGUACUGGAUUUACCGCGGAAGGAGCGCGACUGCCGCUCUUCCCAAACGGAGGAUGGCAUCUACAAACUUGACAAUUGCGUGACCGCCUGUCACGAGAAGCUCUUCAGGUCCUACUGCAACUGUGUCCCCUAUUAUGCGUCUUUUGUGCGGGAGCACGAGACCGUUUGCAAUUUUACUCAUGUCUCGUGCUUGUCCAAGGUGAAAGCUCGAGUUUUGCAGACGCCUAUCAGGGAAGAACCCUGCAAUUGUCUUCCAACUUGCGAUGGCACGGACUUCGCUGUUGUCACAACUGUGGUGCCUAUGAAUGCCGCCCAACACAAUCCGUCGAGAUUUUACCGAGUUGCCGCGAAAUAUCCAAAUGCCACUGCGAUUCACAUCACAUUCCCACGACAAACUGGGAUGAAAUUCAGACGAGAUUUAGUCCUGUCUUGGAUUAAUUUAGUAUCUUCGCUGGGGGGCGUUUUCAGUCUAUUUCUCGGCUGCAGCGUCGUCUCAGUAUUCGAAAUCCUCUAUUUCAUUAUCUACUACAUCGUCAAAGUGAUGAGGAGUCGAGAAACAAAUUUACAAAGAACAUGAACUUUAUUUUCAUCUCCACAUGUAAAAGCGAAGGAAACAAAUUAUGAAGAAUAUUAAAAAUACGAACAAAAAUUGAACGGAAUUAUCCUAGAAGUCGAUUAUUUCGUGUCCUCACGUUCAACGCUGGACCUCUUCCCCUCUUCUCUCUCCCAUUUUUACAAAUUCUGAAGUGGAAGAUAACUGUACACUUUUUACGACUAUUUUCUCAGCUAGAGGACGAGUAAAUUAUUCCUCCUCAUCGCUGCUCUCAUUAGCGUCUUCGUCAUCUCCAUCUUCCUCCUCUUCCUCAUCCUCUGGCUCACUCUCGACCUCCUCCUCAUCCUCUGGCACACUCUCGACCUCCUCCUCAUCCUCUGGCACACUCUUCACUUCCUCCUCAUCCUUCACGUCAGUCUUAACGUCAUCGUAAACUUUCAAUGUUUCCGCCUUGUUCUUCUUCUUAUUCUUCUGCCUCCUCUUGUCUCGGUGAAUUUCAAGCUGGACUCCCUUGCACACAGGCAUUGGGCGCUCUUUGUUCAAAUACGCAGCUGCUGUUUUCACGUCUCUAAACUUGACGAUUC